AUGAGCCCAUUUUCAAAUUCUACUAACUACAACAAAAUCAGGGGCAAGAAAUCACUAUGCUGCGGAGGAAUGAAGGGCUUUCGUCUAAAACCCAGACGAUUUUAUGUCUCCAGACUUCGGAGAAAUUUCAUGUUCUUUUUCAGGGUUGUGAGGAGAUGGAGAAAUUCUUACAAGAAAGCCCUGAGACGGCUCAGGGGAAAACUCGCCGGAAAAAGUAACGUCGUCGCCGGAAGGCAGGAUGUUUGUGGGGAUGGUCGGAAAGUGGGAUUUGGGUAUAACGGCGGUUCGUGUCAUUCUUCGGGCGGACCAAUGAGGACCAUGGCCCACUCGAACUCGUUCUGCUCGGAAGCCAUAGCCGAUUGCUUGGAGUUCAUCAAGAGGAACUCUGUUUCUGCAGAGGAUGAGACAAGUUCUAUUUUGAUCAAGCAAGAAUAG